GGCGCGGCUCCCCAGCCGGCAGCCCUGACCCCCGGAGCCGCGGGGCUGCUCCGCUUCCGCGGAGGGGGCGCUGCGCGGACCCUCCUACACGUACCGACACCUACAGACACACGCACACCUUCUCCUAUCGACCCUCCAGGCGCGCACGUAGACUUUGGCAUCCUUUUGCCGAUGAACUCUAUGAAGGACCCGUUAAGCCUGGAGCGCCUGGGAGCCGAGAAUAAGCUGUGCUCCUCCUCUCCUUCCUCCUCCUCUUCAUCAUCCUGCCAUCACCACCAGCCCGCGCUGGCCAUGUCGACGGCGCUGGCGCCAGAGCAGGCGCGCUCUUCCUUGGAGUCCGCCAAACACCGGCUGGAGGUGCACACCAUCUCCGACACCUCCAGCCCCGAGGCCGCAGAGAAGGAUAAGAGGCAACAGAGCAAGAAUGAGGAUGCGGGGCCCGAGGACCCCUCCAAGAAGAGGCAGCGGCGGCAGCGGACUCACUUCACCAGCCAGCAGUUGCAGGAGCUGGAGGCCACCUUCCAGCGGAAUCGCUACCCGGACAUGUCCACCCGGGAGGAGAUCGCCGUCUGGACCAACCUCACCGAAGCCAGGGUUAGGGUUUGGUUCAAGAACCGCAGAGCCAAAUGGAGAAAGAGAGAAAGGAACCAGCAAGCUGAGCUUUGCAAAAACGGCUUCGGUUCGCAGUUUAAUGGCCUCAUGCAGCCCUAUGAUGACAUGUACCCCAGCUACUCAUACAACAACUGGGCAGCCAAGGGCCUGACCUCUGCUUCCCUCUCCACCAAAAGCUUUCCUUUUUUCAACUCCAUGAAUGUCAACCCUCUGUCUUCUCAGAGCAUGUUCUCCCCUCCAAACUCCAUAUCCUCCAUGAGUAUGUCUUCAAGCAUGGUACCUUCUGCAGUCACCGGGGUGCCCGGCUCCAGCCUCAACAGCUUGAAUAACUUGAACAACUUGAGCAAUCCCCUGAAUUCUGCAGUGCCAACACCAGCCUGUCCUUAUGCUCCUCCAACACCUCCGUAUGUUUAUAGGGAUGCAUGUAACUCGAGCUUGGCGAGUCUGAGACUUAAAGCCAAGCAGCACUCCAGUUUUGGCUAUGCCAGUGUGCAGAACCCUGCUUCCAACCUGAGUGCUUGCCAGUACGCGGUGGACAGACCCGUGUGAAGCAUCCAAGUAGAAAACUGCAUGGGAAUCCCUCCCCAUUUCCUGCAGAGACUGAGAAAUUCACUAGAAAGUAAUGGGCACUAGAGAGAAAAAGAAAGGAGGAAAAAUCAGAGGAAGAGAGGAAGAGAGGGAGGAGAAAAAAAAAAAGAGGAAACGAUUGAAAUAAGAUAGUUCCUUUGUUUUCAAAGGACCUCCUACAGAUUCUGAGAUCUUUCUUUCACUAAGAGUAUUUCAACAGUUACAAGGACAUAUAUACAUAUAUAUGGACAAAUGUUUGACUGGAUAUGAUAUGAAAUUUUAAUGUUACUAUAAGCUUGUUAUUUUUUAAGUUUUGCAUUGUUAACAUAAAAAUGACUGAAAGGAUGUAUAUAUAUUGAAAUGUCAAAUUAAUUUUAUAAAAGCAGUUCUUAGUAAUAUCACAACAGUGUUUUUAAAAGGUUAGGCUUUAAAAUAAAGCAUGCUACACAGAAGCGAUUAGGAUUUUUUCGCUUGCGAGCAAGGGAAUGUAU